GCUGUAUACAGUACACUGCCCGAGAAUUGUCGUGUGUGUGGCCUGCGUGGUCCCAUUCUGUCGCUCUUGUCCCUUUGGCUCAGCACUCGAGCCAGACACGGUCCCAUAGGCAUUCCUGAGUUUCUCCCUCACCACAUCAAAAGCACGGGGGAGCAUUGAAGCUAGUAUCAGUCUGCAAAACUCACGGGGGCUCCUCUGUACUCCCAAGGUCGACUCUUCCUAACUGCUUGUUGUACAGUACUAAAAUACCAGUGCAGUUUCACAGCAACAGAGGCGCCAUGGCAUCCCGGCUCUCGAUCCUCCUGGCGGUCCUGGCGAUGGUGGCCGUCGCCCACGCCACCAAGCCCGUAGCGAAGCCCUACCCGAACGACCUCAAGGGCCUGUGCACCAAGGGCGGCUGCGAUUACACAUCAGGGUCGUUCGACUACUGGACGAUCCCCGAGUAUGGCGCGUGCGUGACCUCCCCGCCGUCGUCGUCGAAGCCAUACUGCGCGGCGGGCAGCAUCCACGCCAAGGCGUGCUGCAACAAGUGCUCCAACACCACCGGCACCACCUCCUUCAACUGCCGCUACUGGGUGCACAUCCCAUCAUCCGGCGGUAGCCAGGACACCUGCUCCGGGAAGCCCUGCGGCAAGUGCAUCCUGCUCCCCGCGAUCGACGGCAUCGAGCCCGUGAAGGGCGGCGGCAAAAAGAUCCGCAUCGGCAAGGCCUGCCCGACCACUCAGAACGACCCGCACUUCCUCGGCGCGCACGGCACCCGCUUCGAAUUCAACGGGCUGCCCGAGAAAUCUUUCUGCCUGUACACGGACCGUCAGAUGCACAUCAACAUGGGUAUGCGCGGAUAUUUUGACGACCGCACCGAGGGCGCCGCGCUUAUUGUCAACGGCAAGGCCGUUCGCACGUGGAUUCGCCAGCUCGCGAUCAUGUGGCGGUCGCGCGACGGAGCGUCGCACAGCUUCGUCAUCACCGCUCGCGACGGGAAGGAGCAGGCCCGUGGAGACGGUUUCGUGAAGUCCAUCGUCGCAGACAACAAGGCGCUGCCGAAACUCAAGGUUGGCGAAAGCAAGAAGAUCGCUGAUCUGACGCUCACGUUCAACAAGAUCGAGAAGGUCGGACCGUACGAUGUGGACGCGUACACGGUCAAGAUCGGCGAUCAGAUGGAGCUGGAUCUGAGGCUCCGCGUUGCCCACCCGCUCCUCCAAACCCCGGAUGACGCCGAGACCCACAUCAAUGUCAUGUUCACUGACGUGUCACCCUCUGCUGACGUGCACGGUGUCAUGGGCCAGACGUACCGUACGGGCCGGGAGAAGCGUACGACUGAUUUCUCCCGCCUCGCUGCGGUGCUCCACCACCCCGUUUCCGCUGACGGAGCCGAGGGCAAGGGCUUUCUCGACGGAAAGGUCUCUGACUACGAGACGACUUCCGUCACCGCGACUGACUGCCGGUUCUCCGCGUUCAACUCUGGCGAGCUUCCGUCCGCGAUAUAAAUGACGGGUCUCUUCACAGGACUGUCGUUCUGUUACGUAUGUGGCAUCUCUACGCAUUAAUGUUGUAUUGUAAGCUUGUAAGCCUAGCGUUCCAAAACGCACUAUUUCGACAUUGCUUUCUACAAUGUAGAACUCAUUCGCCCUUGGUCAGGAGACUGUUACUCGUCAGCGGCAUUUGCCCUACGUGCUCAGCGGCAUUUGGUUAUGCAUAGCGCACCUCACCAAAGCUGUGUCCCUGACCAGGCUAGGAAGGUGGCGUGGUGAUCCGCCAUUGGAAUUUGAGGCAAAGUUGAUGGAGAACCAGCAGGUGUUAGAGGGAGUUUGUGGCAGACUUCUUCGUGGCAAGUUUUUUACGGUCGCGAUUUUAACCUCGAGUUGGGUGACGAUCCUGAGCGUCUAUAAUUAAGUUUCCUGCCACAG